AUGCUGUCCGCUCGCGCCGCGCCCUCGCUGGUGCGAGCCGCCCGCCUCUGCACUGCCGCGACUCGCCGCGUCACUGCGGACGCGCUCGUGCGGCACGUCGACGUCUCGCCCGUCGCAGAGACGAGCACCGCGUUUGUGGGCCGGUCGGUCGACCUCGGGUGGGGCAGAGUGUACGGCGGCCAGACGAUGGCACAGGCGCUCGCCGCUUGCCAGAAGCUUGUCGGCGGCGACUUCUCCGUCCACCAGCUGAGCUGCCACUUUCUCCGCGGCGGCGACGUGUCGGCUGACAUCCGAUUCGACUGCGAG